UCUUUUCAGCAACGUGCCCUAGACCUUCAACCUCAACCUGCUUUCAUCUCCUCGAGCACAGAGCAGUCGUUGGAGCGAGGCGGUCAGUGGCCAGAGCCGAGUCUCUGUUCCGGUGGCCUUUCCCCGGCAGGUGGGCACUGGGCCUGCUGUCUCAAACCAGAGGUUGCCGGUGCCCGGUGGUGCCGCUGGAGGCCGCGGUCCUUCGCAUCCCGCCCUCUCACUGCACUCGGUCUUCCACACCUGCCCGUUAAUGAGCGACGAGGGCGCGGCUUCCUCCUCCCCCAGGCUAAGGGUAUCGAAAUUGCCAAACGCAAAGGAGCAAGAUACAGGCUGGGACCGGAACUGGAAAUAUGUGGCUACGGGUGUUGGGAUCAUUAUUACGAGUCGGACACCCUCUUGCAUUCGCUCCAAGUCCUGGCUGCCCUUCUGGAAUCUCCGGUCACUCGGGAUAUCAUCUGCGACGUGGGAAUGCCUGUCAUGCACAAAAAUGUCCGCUACAACUGCAGGGUGAUAUUUCUCAAUGGGAAGAUCCUGCUCAUCAGACCCAAAAUGGCCUUGGCCAAUGAGGGCAACUACCGGGAGCUGCGCUGGUUCACCCCGUGGUCCCGGAGCCGGCAGACAGAGGAGUAUUUUCUGCCCCGGAUGAUACAGGAUGUGACGCAGCAGGAGACCGUGCCCUUUGGAGACGCGGUGCUGGCCACCCGGGACACCUGCAUCGGGAGCGAGAUCUGUGAGGAGCUCUGGACGCCCUGCAGCCCACACGUGGACAUGGGCCUGGACGGCGUGGAGAUCUUCACCAAUGCCUCGGGCAGCCACCACGUGCUGCGCAAAGCCCACACCAGGGUUGAUCUGGUGACCACGGCCACCGCCAAGAAUGGUGGGAUCUACUUGCUGGCCAACCAGAAGGGCUGUGACGGGGACCGGCUCUACUACGACGGCUGCGCCCUGAUCGCCAUGAAUGGCUGCAUUUUCGCACAGGGGUCCCAGUUCUCCCUGGACGACGUGGAGGUCCUCGUCGCCACGUUGGAUUUGGAGGACGUCCGAAGCCACAGGGCAGAGAUUUCAUCUCGAAACCUGGCGGCCAGCAAGGUGAGCCCCUACCCCCGUGUGAAGGUGGACUUCGCCCUCUCGUGCCGCGAGGACCUGCUGGAGCCGCCAUCGGAGCCCAUCGAGUGGACGUACCAUAGUCCCGAGGAGGAAAUCAGCCUCGGACCCGCGUGCUGGCUCUGGGACUUUCUGAGACGCAGCGGACAGGCCGGGUUCUUCUUGCCCCUGAGUGGUGGGGUGGACAGCGCGGCCACCGCCUGCCUCGUCUACUCCAUGUGCCGCCAGGUCUGCGAGGCCGCGAAGCAGGGAAACCAGGAAGUGCUGGCUGACGUCCGGACCAUCGUGGACGAGCUCAGCUACACCCCCCAGGACCCCCGGGACCUCUGCGGGCGCGUGCUGACCACCUGCUACAUGGCCAGCGAGAACUCGUCACAGGAGACGUGUGGCAGAGCCAGGGAGCUGGCCCAGCAGAUCGGCAGCCACCACAUCGGUCUCAACAUCGAGCCCGCGGUGACGGCCGUCGUGGGCAUCUUUAGCCUGGUGACGGGUCGGAGGCCUCUGUUCGCGGCUCACGGGGGGAGCAGCAGGGAGAACCUGGCCCUGCAGAACGUGCAGGCUCGGCUAAGGAUGGUCGUGGCGUAUCUGUUUGCUCAGCUGAGCCUCUGGGCCCGGGGCGCUCGCGGAGGACUGCUGGUGCUCGGAUCGGCCAAUGUGGACGAGAGCCUCCUCGGCUACCUGACCAAGUACGACUGCUCCAGUGCAGACAUCAACCCCAUUGGUGGCAUCAGCAAGACAGACCUGAAGGCCUUUGUCCAGUUCUGCAUGGAACGCUUCCAGCUUCCCGCCCUGCAGGGCAUCCUGGCAGCACCGGCCACCGCAGAGCUGGAGCCCUUGACUGACGGCCAGGUGUCCCAGACGGACGAGGACGACAUGGGCAUGACGUAUGCGGAGCUGUCCGUCUACGGCCGCCUCCGGAAGGUGGCCAAGGCCGGGCCCUACAGCAUGUUCUGCAGACUCGUCACCAUGUGGAAGGGCGUGUGCUCCCCGCGGCAGGUGGCUGACAGGGUGAGGCGCUUCUUCUCCAAGUACGCGGCCAACAGACACAAGAUGACCACGCUGACGCCCGCGUACCACGCGGAGAGCUACAGCCCCGACGACAACAGGUUUGACCUGCGGCCGUUCCUGUACCGCGCCGGCUGGCCCUGGCAGUUCCGGUGCGUGGAGGAUGCGGUUGUCCAGCUUGAGAGCAGAGGCCAGCAGGACCUCGACGGGGUGGACUGACGCGGCUCCCGCCCAGAGGGCCCCUCCCGCGAGCCUGCCGUGUGCUUCCCGGGCCUCACUGGGGACCAUGGGUGGGGCCCAGCCACCCGGCCUGGAAGACCACACCAGCCUCUUGUUUCCUGUCUCACGGGAGAGGGAUCUGUCCGUUCUGGUGCCUUCAAGAAAGGAUCCAAUAAAGAGAAUGUGGUUUCUGGGAGCAGAC